AUGUCUCUGGUUCCCGGGCUUUCGGCGCUAGCCCGACUAAAAGACCAUCUCUGCAAAGCCCAGGGCGCCCCGUUUCUUCUGCAAAUCGUGAAAGCCCCGCAAAAAUCCGGCGCCGUAUCGGCUCAAACCGGGAAAACUGCCCUGUCAUACUUUUUGACGCCGACCGAAGCCAAACUACGGCAGCAAGCGCUCCUACGCUUCCACAAACUGCCGUCCCGCCAGAAAGUACGGCCGUCUUUGUAUAAUGACUUUUUGCGCCAGCUCUACCCGCGGCGAAACAGCCUCAGCAGGUUUUCCACAUACAAGUCUGCUCCCAACAUAAACCAUGCUCUGCUUUUCCACAGUUACAGCAUGCUUCCAUCUCCGGGCGUGGGACACCUUGCUGUGGAAGAUAUGGAGCCCUUCAUAGCGCAGAUGCUAGCGCGGCGGGACUUUGUCAAGCCCAAUGCGCUUUCGCCUCGAAGCAUGUGGGAUUCGCUGAACGAGCUGAUUAUCUGGGCCUACCGCGACGCCAAAGAGGCCCGCAAGAGGCACUUGGCCAUGUUCUGGAAGAUCUUGCGUGACAUGGAGGCCGCUGGCAUUCCUGUGUCCAAGCACGAGCAGAAACAGCUAGUGUUCAUGACGUUUUACCGCGAACGGCCUGAUAUCCGGAAAGUGGUUGAGCAGGCGCUCUCUAAUGUCGGGAAAGCGCUGGAGAAGUAUCCAGAGUUGGCCAAAAUCGUUUAUGGCGGCCACGAGAAGAACAGCCUCCGCGAGACAGAAACGUCUUUCGACAUGGAAACGUACGGCCAAAUUCGAAACACUUUCAACUUCGAUCUCGAUACAGACAUGCACAAUGUUUUCUUGCAGACGGCUUUCCGUCAUGACAAUCUCCAAGCGGUGGAAGAAUUGCUUGCAGAAAUGAAACCAGACGGCGAAACUUUCCGCAUCUUGUUUGACAAUUAUUCGAUGCAAGGCGACCUGCGCCGCUUUCACUCGGCUCUAGAGCUUUUUUCUCUGCGCCAUUUGGGGUGUCUUGAUAUCCGGCUUUUUAACAGUUUGGUGGCGGCUCUAGUCCGUCUCAAUCAUGCCGAAUGGGCUUUCCAACUUGCUGAAGUUCUUGAAUCCGAGAACGUUGACAAUCUCUCUACGCCAGACAGAUUUCUCCGUCUUUUGUCCCAACAGGAUAGAGAACAGUACCGUCAAUGUCUAUCAAUGCAUCAAGAGAUGGAAAACCUGCCAGUGAUGCGGCUCCAUCCGACUCAAGACACUUUUUUUCCGCUUUUGGUGGCCACCUGUCAAGACGGCCUGUUCGAGGACAUACAGGGCGUUUUGGCCCGGAUCCAGAAGUGGCAUCUUCCGCUCUCAAGCCGUGUUUUUGAAACCAUCUUGCAUCUGUUUCUUUCCCGCAAGUGGCUGGUGGAAAAUCUUCGUUAUGUGACCGCCAAGCUUAUUACAGAAUACGACGUAAACUACGGCGAAACAGACUCGUGGAUCCGCACAAAACUCCAUCUGUUGGAACUUCCUCCUACAGUCAGCGACACCUUGGGCACUAUUUUGUCUGAGUCGCCUGUUCUUGAACCGGCGCCUGCCCGUUUUUUGAAGCUCUCGGAUCGCUUGAUCACGGCGGUUUUCCAGGCAUUCGAAGCCACUUUGCAUCCGGACACACAGCGUCUUUCUCGUGUUGUCCACACUAAAGCCGCAUACUUGAAAAAACUCGGUGACGCGAGGGCCCGAGAGUCGCUGUUUUCAGACACUUUGUCUGCUAGAGACCUCUACCGUCGAGACGAAUACGUGUACAUAAAGAAGGGCUACCUUAUAGAUUUGUUGGACAUUGUUUCUGAAUAG